CAUAUCGUUUUGAAUCACUGGAAUUGCCCUGUGUCGCCCCUAAACUUAAAACCAGCCAAGGAGGGCAUAAGCCGAAAGUGCGGACUGCUCUGUUCGCUUUAAAAUCACCUGAUAGGGUAUUUCUUUUCAAAUUGUUUUUCUUUUUUCAUGUCACAGUUUGUGACUUCAUGUUCAUGCAUACUUGUGUCUCUACAAAUCUACAUUCUAUAUUCUAUUCUAUUCUGCAAGCAACAAUGGAUUAACAUGUUGCUGCAAUACAAAUAUUUUCAUUCUUAUUGAGAUUAAAGUGGGUCCCUCUAAAUGGGCUUCAAUCUCAGGCCCCAACAUAAUCUUACUUGCAUGCGCACUGCAUACUAUGUGUUUGAUUGUUUGAUUUUGAGGGUAAGGUUUCUAACUUCUCAUAGCCAUCAUUAUGAGGAUCUAUGAUGAAUUUAAAGAGAUAGUGAAGAUUCAGAAGUUCCGAAGAUUGGUGUCGUACAGUGGGUUCUACUGCUUCGCUACGCUCAUAAGCUACUUUUACGUCAACAACACGACUAGGGCUGGUUUCUCUAGAGCCGAUCAAUUCUACGCCUCCUACCCUGCUGGUACCGAGCUUCUAACCGACACUACCAAGUUGUACAAAGCUGCUCUUGGAAACUGCUUCGAGGCUGAAGAGUGGGGUCCGUUUGAGUUCUGCGUCAUGGCGAAGCACUUCGAGCGUCAAGGGAAGUCGCCAUAUGCAUAUCAUGCGCAAUAUAUGGCACACCUCCUUUCUCAUGGACAGCUUGAUGGGAGUGGUUAACUUAUAAACUGAUGACAGUAGAAAUUCUUGCAAUAUAUGAAGACGUGUAAAGCCAAAUGAGAAAACUUGAGGUUUGAGAACUUGGUGAGAUUGAACUUUCUAUGUAUUCUAUAGCCUUACUUUUAACCUUUUAGGAAUAAGGUACAAAAUUUGUGGAGCAUUUUGUCUGUUUUUUUGGUAGGGUAGCAACAAAUGCUCAGCUUUCUUCCUUCUCUUCUUUGAUAUUCAAAUCCCAAUCAGUCUCAAGUGCUUUUUAUUAUGUUGUUAAACAGUACAUGCUACAAUACGUACUGACACUAUCCUACUUAAGAUGAUUGUAAGGAAUGUUGGCAUUUGAACUGAUAUUGUAAGCAUGUGUUUGGUGCUGCGGCAUGUUGAACUCAACUCGAUUAAUUUUUCCCAUAUACAUUGAAGCAACUUCUUCCCC